AUGCAGAGCGCGGACGCACAACGACGACCACCACUUCCCGGAAACAUCACGCAGCAAACAGGUGUGUCCAGUGGGCGGAGCAACAUGAUCAGCGGGAUCCUGAAGCGGAAACGUCUGCCCGCGCCCGCCUCGGACGAUGACGUGUCCUGCAGCGACAGCGGGAACAGCAGCGACAGCCUCAACCACCCCGUGCCGUCCGGACUGAUCAGCGCUUCGUUGCAGCAAAAGUCCAAGAGGUUUCGCGGUCGUAGCGUGCACUUCGAGAACGUGACGGUGUACUACUUCGGGCGGAGGCAGGGCUUCACCAGCGUGCCCACUCAGGGGGGCAGCACCCUGGGCAUGUCCCCCCGUCACAGCUGCGUCAAGAACUUCACCCUCCGAGAGUUCGCCAUGGAACAGAAGCGCAGCCACCGGAACAUGCUCCGACACCACCUGAAGGAGGAGAAGCUCAACGCCAUCAGGCUCAAGCUCACCAAGAACGGCACCGAGUCGUCCGUGGAGGCGGACACGCUCACGUUAGACGACAUCUCCGUGGACGAGCUGGACGUGGACAACACCGAGGUGGAUGACUACUUCUUCCUGCAGCCGCUGACCACCAGGCGGCGCCGCGCUCUGCUCCGAGCCUCCGGGGUGAGGCGCAUCGACGUGGAGGAGAAACACGAGCUGCGAGCGCUGCGUCUGUCCCGGGAGGAGUGUGGGUGUCGCUGCAGGGGCCUGUGUGACCCCGAGACCUGUGCCUGCAGCCUGGCCGGCAUUAAGUGCCAGGUCGACCGCAUGUCUUUCCCGUGUGGCUGCACCAAAGAGGGCUGCAGCAACACAACGGGACGCCUCGAGUUCAACCCCGUGCGAGUGCGGACCCACUUCCUCCACACCAUCAUGAAACUGGAGCUGGAGCAGAGCCGCGAGGAGCCGACAGCACCGCCGUCGCUGCCACCGCCGCCGCCGCCGCCACUGCAAGAACAUCAACAUCAGCAGCAGCAGCAGCUCGUAACCAACGGCAACGGUUUCCAUAGCGACCCCUCCUCUCUGGUCCAGACGCAGCAACAGCCGAACCUCCAGUUUCCUCUCAUGAUGCACCUCCAGAACGACACGGCGGACCACCGUUUGGACGACGAGGAAGAGGAGGAGGAGGAGGAGGAUGACGAUGACGAAGAUGACGACAACGACGACGAAGAAGAAGAGGAGGAUGAAGCCUACGAGGAAGACGAGGAGGACGGGAGUAGUGUUUGCAGUGGCCUUUCAGACUGUAGCACGCACAGUUUAGACACAAACGACCCCGAGGAGGGAGAGGACAGCGAGGAAGAGGAGGAGGAGGAGGAGGAGGAGGAGGACGGAGAAGACGAGGAGGAAGAGGAGGAAGAGGAGGAGGACGACUGGGAUUGUCCUUUACAAAGCACAAACGCACCUCCGUACCCAGUCCCGCUCCCUUCCAUACUGACGUACUCCAACGCUACGCUAACGAGCCCGUCCUUCUCCUACGGCAGAGACAGUAACGCGCGUCCCACUCUCCCCGCGGUCGACGCGGCGCUGAACUCCGACCUCGCCGUCCCCACGCAGCGCCGCGCCGUCCCGCUCUGCCUCCCCGCCGCCUCCCCGAACCUCUCACACGUGCAGCUGUGCGAGAGCGACGCUGCCUCUAGUGGCGAACGUUCCGCGCCACUAGAGCCACAAACUGAAACCGCGGCCGAGGAGCGGGCGGACAAGGACGCCGGACGAGAGACUUUGGACGAAGUUAAUCAGAACCCGACUUAG